AUGGGAUUUCCAGGCCCUCAAGGACUAAAAGGAGACUCAUAUUCCUACAACACUCCUGGGAUAAAGGGAGAGAAAGGAGACCUGGGACACCCUGGCAGACCUGGUGCAGGUGCACUCCCUGGGUUUCCUGGACAACCAGGACGAAAAGGCGAGCAAGGUCCCCCAGGGGAUUCGUAUCCCUUACAUGGUGCAGUGGGAGAACGUGGUUACCCGGGUCCACCAGGUUCUUUAGGUAUACCAGGACCGGUUGGCUAUGCUGGGUCAGUGGGAUACGGGCCUCCUGGACUUCCAGGAGGUCCGGGAGAUGCUGGUGUAACUGGCCUGCCAGGACACGCUGGAUCUCCAGGCCAGAAAGGCGAAUCCACACAUAUCCACACCAUAGGACCUCCUGGACCGCUUGGAUUUAAAGGUUUGCCUGGUUCACCCGGAAUCCUAGGUAAGCACGGAGUGCCAGGUAGCCCAGGACUAACAGGUUUUCAAGGACAGAAAGGAGAGAACGGUGAGGUGUCGUUUCCUGGAAGACCAGGGAUCCAAGGACAGAAAGGUGACAUGGGGCAGCCAGGUAUCGCUGGUGUUGCAACUGUUGGUGAUUUCGGUCGGCCAGGUUCACCAGGCCCUCCUGGUCAUGCAGGACUGAAGGGUGAUGGUGGCCCUGGAUACGCUGGCCUCCUAGGACCACCAGGGCUUCCAGGGGAAGAAGGAGCUCAGGGGCCUGUGGGAGAUCCUGGGUUCCCUGGCUUACCUGGGAACCCGGGUCCAAAUGGCAAUCUUGGUUUUAUAGGAGAAAAAGGAGGUAAAGGUAAUGUCGGGCCCCUAGGACCUCCUGGUUAUCAAGGUUCAUGUAAAGGUGAUUUACCUGGACCAAGGGGACUUCAAGGACCAGGCGGUAAUCCAGGAAAUCCAGGACCUAAUGGUCUGCCGGGGGAGAAAGGGAACCGAGGAGUGCCGGGGUUUGGUCCUGCUGGGGCCCCUGGUGAGCCUGGUUUAAUUGGGCCAACCGUGCUAGGUCUAAGUGGGUUUCCUGGACUAAAAGGGAUCAAGGGACAACAUGGCCCCCCCGGUCAACCAGGAAUAAGAGGAGACCCUGGACCAGACGGGUUACCAAGAUAUGGACCAGAGGGGCUCCCUGGAACUAUCGGACCACCAGGCCAAAUAGGUACCCCUGGCCGACAUGGGGCAAGAGGUCUCCCAGGUCCACCAGGCAUUAACGGAAACCCAGGUCCUGGAGGUCUUCCUGGCCCUUCAUCACCACAACCAAAGGAAGGUUUUGGGCCCCCAGGGGACCCUGGCAGUCACGGUCACCCCGGUCUGUCUGGUAUCCAUGGAGAUCCUGGAAGUAUUGGACCAAAAGGGCAGAGAGGGAUCGGUGGAGCACCAGGGCGUCCCGGACAAAAAGGUCUGCCGGGUGAACCAGGUGUUGAUGGAUUCGUGCACUCAGUAGGUAGUCGAGGGCCUUCUGGAUCUCCCGGAGACCCAGGAGUCAUAGGGCCUCCAGGCCCAAAGGGAAUCAAAGGAGAUCUAGGAAUCCCUGCAGGGCCAGGUCCAGAUGGUGUACCAGGUUCACCCGGUAACAAAGGAGUUAAUGGAGAGCCAAAUUACUAUGGAUAUGGACUACCUGGACCAGUAGGACCAAAGGGUGAAGCAGGAUCAACUGACCCUUAUCUGAUGAAGGGUCAGAAAGGAGAACCUGGUUCUUUUGGACCUUUAGGUUUACCAGGAAACCGUGGAGCCAAAGGAAACCCAGGGCCUGUUGGACAAAAUGGUUCACCAGGCUUUCAAGGGCCUGAGGGGUCAGAUGGACCUCCACAAUACAAAGGAGGGUUAGGACCCAAUGGGCCAGCAGGUGACCCAGGCCCACCGGGAGUCGGUGGUUCUCUAGGUCCUAAAGGCAAUCAGGGCCGCGACGGCAUACCUGGACCAGCAGGGCAGAAAGGAGACACUAACAUAUUAGAAGGGACACCUGGUAGGCGUGGUGACACAGGUCAACAAGGUACCCCCGGGAGCCCUGGUCCCCCCGGCUUGUCUCUUCCAGGGGGUCCUGGAACAAUAGGAGAAAGAGGAUUUCGAGGUUCACCUGGAGCCUCUGGCCUGAAAGGAUUACCAGGAAGAGAAGGGGCAUGUGUUUCUGGCUCAAAAGGAGACCGUGGCCAUCCAGGCAAUCCUGGUAGCCCAGGCUAUCGUGGCUUACCUGGUGAUGCAGGUCAAGCAGUGCCAGGGUUUAAAGGAGACAGAGGGGACCCAGGUUUCACAGGAGGCCCAGGCUAUAAUGGCCCCAGAGGAGAUCUAGGCCCUCACGGUCCGACUGGUCCAAAAGGCAGACCUGGAGGCCCGGGUCCAAGAGGGGAUUCUGGUCCUCCUGGAAACUAUGGAAACCCAGGUGGAAAGGGAGACCCUGGAUAUAUCCCAGGCCCUCCUGGUCAAUCCGGGGUGAAAGGCUUUCCUGGACGACCUGGCAACAAAGGUGAACCUGCAGUGGUCGGGGUGAAGUAUGAAUCAGGACUUUCUGGCCUACCUGGUCCCCAUGGCAAUCGAGGAUCUCCAGGGAGCACAGGGCCUUCAGGACCAACAGGCCGACCAGGUCAGCAGGGCGUCAAAGGACAGCGCGGCCCCAGCCCAGGCGGCCAACCCGGAUUUACUGGCCACAAAGGGGACAGAGGAAGCUCAGGACUUCCAGGUCAAGAAGGCAGACCUGGUUUCCCAGGCAACAAGGGUCCUCAAGGACUGCCAGGCAUAGGGGGUCCAAGUUAUUUUGACAGUUUUCUGAUUGCCAAACACAGCCAGAACACCAGCAUCCCGGACUGCCCUUAUGGCACUACCUUCAUCUACUCUGGUUAUUCUUUCCUCUUCAUCAACGGAAAUGAGAGAGCUCAUGGUCAGGAUCUUGGCACCACAGGAAGCUGUCUACCUCGUUUCUCCACCAUGCCCUUCCUGUUCUGUGACACCGAAUCAACUUGCCGCUAUGCUUCUCGUAACGACUACUCCUACUGGCUGUCCACUGAUGCUGCUUUGCCCGCCAACAUGGUUUCCAUCACAGGGGAUAGACUGGCCUCCUAUAUCAGCAGGUGCUCAGUGUGUGAAAGCACAUCCAAUGUCAUAGCCGUCCACAGCCAGACAAUUCUGAUACCUGAAUGUCCCAGAGACUGGGAGUCACUAUGGACAGGAUACUCAUUUGUCAUGCAAACGGGAGCAGGAGCAGAUGGCUCCUCCCAGCCGCUGGUUUCUCCUGGCUCGUGUCUGGAAAGUUUCCGCCAAGUUCCCUUCAUAGAGUGUCACGGCAGGGGAACGUGUAACUACUACCCUGACUCCUAUAGCUACUGGCUGGCCUCAAUAGACCCAAACAGCAUGUUCAGUAAACCUGUUCCUCAGACAGUGAAGGGACCGUCUAUACAUAGUGUCAUCAGCCGUUGUCGAGUCUGUAGGAAACCAUGGCAACCAACAGAUGACAAACGUGGGGACAAUUAACAUUUGCUAUCUUACUUUUCAAUGUCAUUUGAAGUAUUGGAGUUUUGACACUUUGUAGGCUGUAUAUCUGUUUGUAUCACUGGUGCUUUCAAGUAACACAUCUCUGUUUAUGAUUCUGAAUUAAACACCACCCUUAAGCAAAUUUCAAAUAAUUUUUAAAGACGAGUGUUUUAUCAUCUCAAAAGUAGUGUAUAUUAGAAUUAUUGUGUGUUAUGACACCUUGUAGAAACUGUGUUUUUCCACCUGUUUAUAAUUAUUCAUUUGAUAAACAUAAGAGCAGCUUGUAAUAGCAGUGAUUAAGUUAUAACUUGUUGUUAAUGUAUUAGUAAUACUAGUAGCAGAGCCGCACUAAUUCAUCUUUUAUGUGUGUUUAUUCUCACCGAAAUAUUCAGUUUUACUUUAAAUGCUUGUUUUGACUUGUCAGUGACAUAAUACAUAGUUGCCAUCUGCGUCCUAGACAAGCCUAGAAUGACUGAGAAAUGAUUGACCUGUCUAUACCGUACUGAUGUCAGUGAAUGACGUAAAACGUAUGAUGUCACAGACAGAUUACGCACAUGUUCCUAUACUGGAGAGGCAGUAUGUUGUAAAUCGCUUUGGAAAUCUUGCAUUGUUGUGUUUUCAAACCCACAUAUUUAGUCAUUUGUGGCCUCACUCUAAAAGAAUUUCUUUGAUUUGUUUAGCAAGGGAAAUGGUGCAUGGAAAAGAUUAAACUGUAUGACUCACACUGCCUGCAACUUUCUCCAAUCCACUUUUAAAUUAACUGUCGGGAGGCUGUCUGUGUGUCUUCGGGGGAAAAUGCACAUUAAGGUAUCAAGAGGUGUAUUGUGGAUUUAUUUAUUUUACAUUACAUCUUUCGCAUUUUAAAUUGUCAAUUGAAGUUGAAAAUAUAUUGAAAUAAAAAUACAAAAGAAACAAAAAAAUGA